CUGGUGGCUGGGCGGUGGCACCGGAGAGUCCCUGAGCUGCAACCUUCCUGGAGGCGCCAUGAGCUGCAUCAACCUGCCCACCGUGCUGCCCGGCUCCCCCAGCAAGACCCGGGGGCAGAUUCAGGUGAUUCUAGGACCCAUGUUUUCAGGAAAAAGUACUGAGCUGAUGAGACGGGUCCGUCGCUUCCAGAUUGCCCAGUACAAGUGCUUGGUGAUCAAGUAUGCCAAAGAUACCAGGUACAGCAGCAGCUUCUCCACGCAUGACCGAAACACCAUGGAGGCGCUACCAGCCUGCCUGCUCCGGGACGUGGCCCAGGAGGCCCUGGGUGUGGCUGUCAUAGGCAUCGACGAAGGGCAGUUUUUCCCAGACAUCGUGGAGUUCAGCGAGACUAUGGCCAACGCUGGGAAGACCGUGAUUGUGGCCGCACUGGAUGGGACCUUCCAGAGGAAGGCAUUCGGGAGCAUCCUGAACCUGGUGCCCCUGGCGGAGAGCGUGGUGAAGCUGACAGCCGUGUGCAUGGAGUGCUUCCGGGAGGCCGCCUACACCAAGCGGCUAGGCUCGGAGAAAGAGGUCGAGGUGAUUGGAGGAGCAGACAAAUACCACUCCGUGUGCCGCCUCUGCUACUUCAAGAAGGCCUCGGGUCUGCCCGCCGCGCCGGAGGGCAAGGAGAACAAGGAGAACUGCCCGGUGCCGGGAAAGCCAGGAGAGGCGGCGGGAGCCCGGAAGCUGUUUGCUCCGCAUCAGAUCCUGCAGUGCAGCCCUGCCAACUGAGGCUCCCCGUCCCGCGGCCGCCCCCUGCCGGCCGGCCGCCGCGCAGCCUUCCCCCAGGAGGAAGUGGGGGGUGGGGCGAAGAUGGGACUUUCUGCCUCCCGCGGUGCAGGUCCUGGGCUGGUGGUCUGCACAUCCCGUUUCCCCCUUUCCUGGUUCCCUUCCCGGCUGCUGGUCCACUCGUGAGCUCAGGGUCUGGCUACCGCAGCCACCCCCCCUCCUGUGGGGUGAGGGGCAGAACCACACACUGGCGACAUCGGCGCCCAUGGCUUCUUCCCCCUUGUGGCUUUCGCUGUUGAGUUUCUGUUCUCACUGGGAAGUCCGAGCGCCGGUACCUCCGGCUCAGACCGAGCCUCGGCCCACGCAGAGGUUUCUGUCUCUGCUUGGGACUGACUCCUGGCCCCCAAGGGUGGCUGGACUGAUGGCCUCCUGCUUCCUACACUCGGGUGAUCAUUUUCUCCAGAAUUACAGCUUCUCUCACAUGGGAGACACUUACCCUGCUGGGGCUCAGGUCCCAGGGACUUAAUCUUUUAAAGUGUGUGUGUGGGGGGGGGGGUGGUUAGGGGCAGAGGUGGCUAGGGUUAGGGUCUAUGAUUCUGUUGCAGCGUGUGAAUUAGUAACUAAUAUUAAAAUUUACUGGUUGGU